UCAUCAAUCCAAUUAUUCAGGCAACGUGAGACGGACAGGCAUGGAACGGAACAGAACCAUGCCUGAAGAAGUAUUUUGGAUUGCCUCUAAUCAGAAUUACCACUAACCUGGAUCUCAUACCAAGGAUCAGCCCUCUCCCCCCAUCACCCCUUUUUUUCCCUUCGUACCUUCUACCAGGUGUCUAUUGAAGACUUCACCUGAUUUUGGUGUUAUAUCUUGUGAUGGUUUACCCUCCUCACUACUGGUCUGAACUGACAGAACAGACUAGAAGCAAGUGGCUGAGCACUUUGACUCCAGCCAUGUAUAACCUUCCACUAUCUCUAGAUAGAAAGAGUCGACAGGCUUUGUUAUGCAGUACAAGGCCCUUUAGAUUCAUGACGGACUGCUGCCUGAUGUCUGUGCUGGGCCUGAUCUUUUUCUUCAGUCUGGCCUCAUGCCAGAGAAUGGAUCCCUCUAAGCACCCCAUAGUCAGCACCAACUAUGGCAAACUCAGAGGUGUCAAGAAGGACUUGAACAAUGAGAUUUUAGGCCCUGUGGAGCAGUACCUUGGAGUGCCCUACGCCACGGCGCCCAUUGGAGACAGGAGGUUUCAGCCUCCAGAAGCCCCAGGAUCCUGGCAGGAGAUCCGCAACGCCACCCAAUUUGCUCCAGUUUGUCCUCAGAAUGUCCACGGGGUGCUACCAGAGAUAAUGCUUCCAGUUUGGUUCACGGAUAACCUGGACGUGGCAGCGGGAUACAUACAGAACCAGAGUGAGGACUGCCUCUACCUCAACAUCUAUGUGCCGACAGAGGAUGGUCCGCUCACAAAAAAAACUGAUGAAUCUUCAAUGAACAAGCCUCGAGAUGAAGAUAUUCGUGAUCGCAGAAAGAAGCCCGUCAUGCUGUUUAUUCACGGAGGCUCUUACAUGGAAGGCACUGGAAACAUGUUUGAUGCCAGCGUCCUCGCCGCCUACGGCAACGUGAUCGUAGUGACCAUGAACUACCGACUGGGCGUGCUCGGUUUCCUCAGCACGGGGGAUCAGUCAGCUAAAGGAAACUAUGGGCUGCUGGACCAGAUUCAGGCUCUGCGUUGGCUCAACGAGAACAUCGGCCACUUUGGCGGAGACCCUGAGAGGAUCACAAUCUUUGGAUCUGGAGCAGGGGCGUCCUGUGUUAAUCUCCUAAUCCUGUCGCACCACUCUGAGGGGCUGUUCCACCGGGCCAUUGCUCAGAGUGGCACAGCAAUUGCCAGUUGGUCCGUCAACUACGAGCCCCUGAAAUACACCACGAUCCUGGCCCGGAAGGUGGGCUGCAGCUACUCAGAGUCCGCCGACCUCGUAGACUGUUUAAGGCGAAAGACCUUCAGGGAGCUAGUGGACCAGGACAUUCAGCCAUCCCGCUACCACAUUGCUUUUGGCCCUGUGGUGGAUGGAGAUGUGGUACCAGACGAUCCAGAGAUCCUCAUGCAGCAGGGGGAGUUCCUUAACUAUGACAUCCUCAUGGGAGUGAACCAGGGAGAGGGACUGAAAUUUGUGGAUGACAGUGAGGAUAAUGACGGAAUUUCUGCUGCAGCCUUUGACUACACAAUCUCUAACUUUGUGGAUAACCUUUAUUUAUAUCCUGAAGGAAAAAACAUCCUGAGGGAAACCAUUAAAUUCAUGUACACAGACUGGGCAGACAGGGACAAUGGGGACAUGAGAAGAAAGACUCUGUUAGCUUUGUUCACAGACCACCAGUGGGUGGCGCCUGCUGUGGCCACUGCCAAACUUCAUGCUGAGUUCCAGUCCCCGGUUUACUUCUACACAUUUUACCAUCACUGCCAGACCGAGGCGAGGCCUGAAUGGGCUGAUGCUGCCCAUGGGGAUGAGAUACCAUAUGUGUUUGGCGUGCCAAUGAUCGGUGCUACUGACCUGUUCCCAUGCAACUUUUCGAAGAAUGAUGUGAUGUUGAGUGCUGUGGUCAUGACUUAUUGGACUAACUUUGCUAAAACGGGUGACCCCAACCUUCCAGUCCCUCAAGACACUAAGUUCAUUCACACCAAACCCAACCGCUUUGAAGAAGUCAUCUGGACAAAGUUUAACCCAAAGGACAAGCAGUAUCUUCACAUCGGCUUGAAACCUCGAGUAAGGGACAACUACAGAGCGAACAAGGUAGCAUUCUGGCUAGAACUUGUCCCCCAUUUAGGUCCACCUGAUGUCUUCCCAACUACAACCCGAUCUCCACCAGGUCCAGGCCCUGGCUCCAUGCGACCCAAGUUAAGAACUCCAGGUCCUCGAACCACUCUCUAUCCCUACCCGACCUUCCCCUCCGACCCUGAGCCUGACGGCUCGGAGCGUCCAGUCCAGAGCCUUUUUCCUGGAGACACCCGUGACUACUCCACUGAGCUGAGUGUCACAGUUGCUGUGGGAGCCUCCCUCCUCUUCCUCAACAUCCUGGCGUUCGCCGCCCUAUACUACAAACGUGACAAGCGGCACGAGAUGCGACGGCACAGAUUGUCUCCUCAGCGUGGUGUCCCCGCCAAUGACCUGGCUCACAGCCAGGAGGAGGAGAUAAUGUCUCUGCAAAUGAAGCACUCAGAGCAUGAUCCCCACCAUGACCUGGAGCCCCUUCGGCCACAUGACAUCCUGCGACCUGCCUGCCCUCCUGACUACACGUUGGCACUGCGUCGGGCUCCGGAUGAUGUGCCAUUGAUGACGCCCAACACCAUUACCAUGAUCCCAAGCACCAUCACCAGCAUGCAGCCUCUCCAUGCCUUCAACACCUUCCCCUCCACAGGCCACAACAACACCCUGCCCCAUCCCCACUCCACCACCAGGGUAUAGUAGGACUGGCCCACGCCGAGCCAAACGAAGAAGUCGCAGUACUGCAUCUUCUUGAAGGGAGGCCAUGGGAUGCCGUCCUCCAUUCCGUUGUUACAUUCUCUUGUUUCUCUACAGAGGAACUCCACCUCAACCAUCAUGUGCUGUACAGCUUAGCAGGAGACAUAAUAAACUAAAAUGAACUGCACUAGAGCAGAUAAUCAGCCUGGAGGUGGCGUCGAUCUUUCAGACAUACCUUUUUCCAGGAAGGUGCACAGUUUCCAGUCUAAAGAAAUUUUCAAAGGGACAAAGACUUUUGGACCUUGGAUGUGUUCUCUUUUUUACUUUGGUGUCAGCUUUUACUGUCUUCUAGAGUGUUAUGCGAGUUUUCUUAUUUGUUUCUUUUCUACAUCUGUGUCUUAUUUACAGCUCAUUGGCUUGUGAUUCCUCUCGUUAGGGUACUCUUUUACUUUAAAGAGCGACAAUGUACUGAGAUGUCAAAAGGAACGUCAAUUCACUCGAUCAAUACAAUUCGUGCCAAGUGUGUUUUUGCUUUCUGAUCAAAGUUGAAUUGAAAUGAAUCCAUGUCAGCUAAAGCAGGUUGUAUGUUCUCAUGACCAAGUGCCAAACUGGCUUUUGAUUGUGGAUUUAUUUCAUUCAUCUUGUUUCUUUUUGCUGUUGUUUCAGUGUUUUAUUGUGGCAAGAGUUUUUGCUGACAAUAUAGAUAUAGAGAAAUGAUAUAUAUAGUUCUAUAUAAAAGUGUACAAAGGAGAAAGAAUAUAGAGGGGUUUUCUCGAUGGGGAUCUAUGCAUGAAUUAUUUUUCAAGAAUGGUAAUGUGAAAAAAGGCUUAAGAAUCUGUCAAUGCACAUUUUCCCAAUUCUAUAUUGAUCCAUAGGAAGUUUUUCUUAAUUCAUAAAAUGUUCCUAAUUUUUACUAAAACUCAUUAGUCAUCUUUCUUGUAAACAAGAAAAGAAUUAGACAUGGCCACAACUCAGAUUAGUACAUUACUAAAUUGUGGUGCCGUGUCAACCUGAGAAGCAUUAGCUGCUAUUCUCACUUUUUGGCUAUCCAAAUAUGUUGUAGCUACACAAUCAAGGUUAAGAAAAAUCUAUUUUUUCUCUCUUUGAUCAUACAUUUUGUGGAAUGUAUGCUAUAACACGGAUGUUUUUAAUUACAUAAAUGAUAUCAGAGCCACCUUAAAUUGCAUGUCAGGCCCUCAUUAGUUAGCAUAACAGCAAGCAAACUCACCUCGCCUUAUUAUCUUCUAUGUUCCGAUACUUUUCCUUAUGAUUGACACCCAUAUAUAGCAGCGCUUACCCAUAUUUUCUUGUCAUAAAUUGUAAUUACUUUCAUCUCGCAUCUCCAUAUGUAUGAAUUAAACCUUGUAGCUGUAAGCACACUGAGGGUACCAGGCAGGCUUUAACAGCUGUAGAGGAGAAGGGUUUUUUUGAACAGGGUAAAGGCAACUCAGUACAUGUCUGUUGUUUCUAAUUGUUCUCCUUCUGUUAGUUUAGGAAGCAGUUAUUUUAAAGCUUUGCUUUUCAAGAUGAAGAUGUCAGCAUAUGUAGUAUGGGUCAUUUCACAAAGCAGGAACAUAUGGUAGCUUAUGCGCAGUAUGGGGGGCAUAGGUCACUAUUGCUGUUUUUGAACAUGCUCCGGCUUUAGGCUCUUUCUUUUUGUCAUUUUAUUGCUGCCUGUGCGGUAGAGCAGGGCUGGAAAUGGGAUAAUACAACAAGCUCCCCUGGCAGAGAUUUUUAUAAACCCGAUAAGUGGGAAAUAUGCACAAUGCAAAUCAAGAGUGGAUUAGAUCUAUAGAUCAGGAGCCAACUAAAAUACAAGUGGGUAUGCUGUGGGGAAAACAAGGAUGAAAAGAAAGUGUCACAGCCUUAAAUGUUGAAAUUUAAAUCAGAGGACAGAACAAACUGAUUGAAAGACAGCAAAAUAUUCAAAGACAUGGCCGUCUUUCUGUCUGCAUUGUUAGCCAGAGGGAUCACUUGCAAAUCUGUCAACAUAUGAACUCUUUUGUAAUCUCUCCUGUGGACAAAUGAAGUAACAGGUUGUGAAGUCAAUCCUAACACCGCAGCGGGGAAAGGAGAAAGACAUUUAGUUUGGAUGUGGUGGUCUGUUUCAUAUGUUAACAAUAGAGGGAGCCAUUGUUGCAGAUUUCAGUGCAGCUGGAUGAAGAUGAAUACAGUACCUCUGAAGAGAUACACAACAUCUGGAUCAGGAU